CGGGUCCUUUGUUUGAGCGAGGCCGGAGCCGCGGAGCCGCCGCAGCGCCGGGGCCGGGCCGGGACCCCCGGGACCCCCGGGACCCCCCCGCACCCGGCACCCCCCGGGACCCCGCCGGCACCCCACGGACACACCGGCACCAGCAGCGCCGCAGGCCAUGGCUGGCGCGUAGCCCCUCCCCCACCGGACCCGACCCUCGGACACGCUGAGCCAGAGCCGGAAGGGAGCGAUGAUUGGCUGCCAGGCGAGAGGCGCGCUGUGAUUGGCCGGUUCCUGGAGAGCGUCGCGUCAUCGGUGGAUGCGGCAGUGAGGGAGGGGCCGCCCCCGCCCAGCAGCCGCCCCCCCCCACGGGGGGGCUGUGGGGGGACCCAGCCCAACCCCCCCCACGAGUGGCCGAUGCAUCGCGCCGUGGAGCCCCUGGGGGGCCGGGCCGCACGGGACCCCUUCGCCGUGGGGAGCCUGGGCUGCGGCGGGGGCUGGGCCGGCUGCCCCCGGGCCUGGCUGCCCCCCCCCAGGUGCUCCUCCAGCCUCGGGCCGGCGCCGCUGCCCCCCCACCUGACGCCCCCCCCCAGUGGCAAUGGGGGGCCGCCCCUCCCCCACAAGGCCUUCUACACUCCGGGCCCCAGAGCCCCCCGGGCCCCCCUGGACCCCCUCCAGGGCUGUGUCCGGGCGCUGCAGCCCUGGGACCCCCCCGGCCCCGAGGCCACCCCCGAGCUGGAGGAGCCACCGAGCUGCCACCACGGGCGCCACCGCGGCCACCGCCCCGGGGACAUCGGACACCGAGGGGACAUCGGACACCGCCCCGGGGACAUCGGUCACCGAGGGGACGUCGGUCACCGAGGUGACAUCAGCCACCGGCCUGGGGACCUUGGACAUCGAGGUGACAUCAGCCACCGGCCUGGGGACAUUGGUCAUCGCCCUGGGGACAUCGGACACCGGCCUGGGGACAUCGGCCAUCGAGGGGACAUCAACCACCGCUCUGGGGACAUUGGCCAUCGGCCCGGGGACAUCGGUCAUCGCUCUGGGGACAUUGGCCAUCGGCCUGGGGACAUUGGCCAUCGGCCUGGGGACAUUGGCCAUCGCCCUGGGGACAUCGGUCAUCGCUCUGGGGACAUCGGCCACCGGCCCGGGGAUCUCGGCCACCGAGGGGACAUCGGCCACCGCCACGGGGGGGACGGCAGCCACCGCGGGGACGUCAUCGGUGGCCACCGAGGGGACAUCGCCGCCCGCAUCGGGCGCCUGCAGCAGGCCCAGCUCUGGAGUUUCCCCCCCGGCCCCGUGUCCCCCCCCCGGGCUCGGGCCCUGCCCCCCCUCCAGCAGGUCUGGAGCCUGCUGCACCCCGAGAAAAGGACGUUCCCGGCCAAAAGGGGGGGGGCGCAGCUGAAGAGGGGGGCGGCCCCCCGACCCCCCGCCCGCGGGGCAGCCCCCCCCCCCCGCCCAGCCCCCCCCGCCCCCCCCCGAGGAGCCGCCCAUCCCCCCCCUCAAACGGCGCCGCAGCGGCAGCCCCCAGGGGGGCUGUGGGGCGCUGCCCCCCCCGGGGCCCCCCCCAGGGCCGCCCCCUCCGUUCCCGCUGCCCCCGGGGCUGUGGAGCCCCUUCCCCCCCGCCGAGACAGCCUGGGCCCCCCCCCGGCGCCACCCGGACAGACAGUGUCCCCCACGUGUCCCCAUGUCCUCGUGUCCUCUUUGUCCCCCAUGUGUCCCCCCAUGUCCGCCCAUGAGCAGCGGCUGGUGGCCCCCCUCCCGGUGCCCCCCCCUGCGCCCCCCCGGCCCUGUGUCCCCCCGGGUCCCCUCCCAAGUGACCUUAGGGCCCCCCCCAGCCGCUCACCAGCAGCACCGACCGCCUGCGUGCCUUGUGCCCCCCCCCGGGCACCCCCCCGGACCCCCACCACCAGCACCCGCGCCCCCCGAAGCACCCCCGCCCCUCCUCCCCCCCCCCCGCACCCCGAGCCCCCUCCCCCGCCUUUGCCCCCCCCUCCCCCGCCCUCCUCCGAGUCCCCCGGGGUCCCCCCCCGCCUGUUCGAUUUCGGGGCCCCCCCCUUGGACGAUCAAUUCGAGGAGCCCCCCGAGUUUGCCAAAAUCUUGCCCGACGGCCUGGCCAACAUCAUGAAGAUGUUGGACGAGUCCAUCCGGCAGGAGGAGGAUGAGGGGGGGGUCACCCCCCCCCCCCCCCCCCCCCCCCCCCUUUCGGUGCCCCCCCCCCGGGUCACGGCGACCCCCCGGACCCCCCGCCUUUACCCCUUCGGCAAACGGGACGACCCCAAAACUUCCCCUUUUUACCCCAAACCUCCUCCUCCUCCUCCUCCCGCCGAAAAACCCUCCGGAGCGGGAACGGGGAACAACAACAGCAGCAGCAGCAGCAGCACCCCCAAACCCACCCCCCCUUCCCCGCGCCCCCCCACGCCCCCCGCCCAAGUCGCUACCUCAGCCCCGGGCUGGGGCCCCCCCGCGCUGGCCGUGCCCCCGCCGGGCCGCAGCGAGUCGGAGGCGCUGGAGGAGAUCAGCCGCGCCUGCGAGACCCUGGCCGAGCAGGCGGGCCGGCCCAGCCCCCCCUCCCCGGACACCCCCCCCAAAACCGGGCUGGGCGGCGGCGGCCGCCGGCACCGCCGCCCCCCCCCCUCAUCACGGCACCGGGACCUGCGGCGGGGACCCCCCCGGCGCCGGCACCCCCGGAAAGAGGAGCGGGAACAGCAGCAGCAGCAGCAGCAACAGCAGCGGGAGCAGCAGCAGCGCGACCGCCCCGUGCUGGCCACGCUGGACCUGCAGAGCCCCGGCGUGCAGGAGAAAGGGGGGGGACCCCUCCCCAGGCUGGAAACGAAAGGGGGAACCCCCCCGAACACCAACAACCCCCCCAGUGCGGCUCCCACCCCCGCGGGACCCCCGCCCGCCUUCGUCAGCUCGGCCGACCUGCUGAAGCUGCGCUCGCUGGGCGAGGGGCCCCCCAAAGAGCUCAAGAUCCGCCUGAUCAAGGUGGAGAGCGGCGCCGGGGGGCCCGGGGGGAUCCCCGGCCUCGGGGGGGGCCCCGGAGGUGGCGGCGGUGACGCUUUGGUGGCCUCGGAGGCGGCAGAGCCGCGGGGGCUGCCCCUGGCUCAGCUGACGAUCCGGCACAGCGCUGCCGAGGUGGUGCGGGCCAGCAAGCAGGCGCGGCUGAAGGGGCCGUUCAGCGAGUCCUACCUGUGCCCGGCGCAGUCGGUGAAGCCGCGAAUCGACGCCCGCGAGCAGCUGCCCCGGGACAAACUGAACCCGCCCACGCCCAGCAUCUACCUGGAGAGCAAACGCGACGCCUUCUCGCCCGUGCUGCUGCAGUUCUGCACCGACCCCAAGAACCCCAUCACGGUCAUCCGGGGCCUGGCGGGGUCCCUGCGCCUCAACCUGGGUCUGUUCAGCACCAAGACCCUGGUGGAGGCCAGCGGCGAGCACGCGGUCGAGGUGCGCACGCAGGUGCAGCAGCCCUCGGACCAGAACUGGGACCUGUCGGGGACGCGCCAGGUGUGGCCCUGCGAGAGCAGCCGCUCGCACACCACCAUCGCCAAGUACGCCCAGUACCAGGCCUCGUCCUUCCAGGAGUCCCUGCAGGAGGACAAGGACAGCGAGGAUGAGGAGGCCGAGGAGCCCGACAGCACCACCGAGACCCCGCCCAGCCCCCCCGACCAGAAAUCCCACCAGAUCAUCAAGUUCGGGACCAACAUCGACCUGUCGGACGCCAAGAGGUGGAAGCCGCAGCUGCAGGAGCUGCUGAAGCUGCCGGCGUUCAUGCGCGUCUCCUCCACGGGGAACAUGCUGAGCCACGUGGGCCACACCAUCCUGGGCAUGAACACCGUGCAGCUGUACAUGAAGGUGCCCGGCAGCCGCACCCCGGGCCACCAGGAGAACAACAACUUCUGCUCGGUGAACAUCAACAUCGGCCCCGGCGACUGCGAGUGGUUCGCGGUGCACGAGCACUACUGGGAGACCAUCUCCGCCUUCUGCGACAGGCACGGCGUGGAUUACCUGACGGGCUCGUGGUGGCCCAUCCUGGAGGACCUGUACCGCUCCAACAUCCCGGUGUACCGGUUCGUGCAGCGCCCCGGCGACCUGGUGUGGAUCAACGCCGGCACCGUGCACUGGGUGCAGGCCACGGGCUGGUGCAACAACAUCGCCUGGAACGUGGGGCCGCUCACCGCAUACCAGUACCAGCUGGCCCUGGAGCGCUACGAGUGGAACGAGGUGAAGAACGUCAAGUCCAUCGUGCCCAUGAUCCACGUGUCCUGGAACGUGGCCAGGACCGUCAAGAUCAGCGACCCCGACCUCUACAAGAUGAUCAAGUACUGCCUGCUGCAGUCCAUCAAGCACUGCCAGGUGCAGCGCGAGAGCCUGGUGCGCGCGGGGAAGAAGAUCGCCUACCAGGGCCGCGUCAAGGACGAGCCGGCCUACUACUGCAACGAGUGUGAUGUGGAGGUGUUCAACAUCCUGUUUGUGACGAGCGAGACGGGCGGGCGCAACACGUACCUGGUGCACUGCGAGGGCUGCUCGCGGCGCCGCGGCGGCGGCCUGGCCGGCGUCAUCGUCCUCGAGCAGUACAAGACCGAGGAGCUCAUGCAGAUCUACGACGGCUUCACCCUGGUGACGCCGCCGACCCCCAGAUGAGUCCAGGGCCCCCCCCAGGGUGGGGGAGGGGCCAGGGGGGGCCCCGCCCCUCCCCCCACCACGAACACUUUUUAUUUAUUCGCGGAGAAAUCGCCCCAAAAAUCGUCUGGACGGACAAGGACAAAGCUUUGGGUGGAAAAACUCCGAUUUUAUACGAAAAUCCCCAUUUCUAGGAAUUGACAAAGCCCCUCCCCUGCCGCCCCUCCCCCCGCGGUGGGGGAUGGGGGGGGGUCUCUCUGCUGCCCCUCCCCCACCCCCACAUUUUGGGGGCUCUGAACUCUGAGGGGGCUGGGGGGGGGGAGGGGAGGCUCCGCCCCGGCCCCUCCCCCUCAUUUUUGGGGGGGCGGGGUUUGUGCCCCUCCCCCCACACAAAGGGGAGCCUGGGGGGUCCCCGCCCCCCCCUCAGCAUUAAAGGGGGGGAGGGGCAGGGGGGGAGGGGCACUUUUUUUGGGGGGGGUCGGACCCCUUGCCAAGAUUCAACCAAAAACUCGCCCCGCCCCCACCAGCAGCCGCCCCUCCCCCCCAUACGGGUCCGGGCCGGGGGGAGGGGCACGGGGGGGGGUGGGGGAGGGGCAGGAUUUUAUUGGUGGGGGGGUGCCCCCCCUCCGCCCCUCCCCCCUCGCGGGGCGGGGCUCAGGUCUCUACGGGGGGGGAGGGGCUCCCCCCAACCCAUGGUGCAAAGGGGGGAGGGGCCUGUGCUACCCCCUCCCCCCCAAAAGGGGGGGCGGCAGGAGCCCCCCCGCGGGGGGCGGGGCCUCGGGGUGCCCCUCCCCCCCUUUCCCCGAGCCUCCUUUUGGGUU